AGGAAGCUCGGCCGAUUCUCAGCUCACAAGGGCGGGGAGGAAAAGGGAGGCUAUCCGGGCCAGAGAGCAGCGGGAGCGGCCAGCGGAGAAGCUGAGGCCGGCCGGAGGGCGCCCACUGGCAGGAGGCUGGUUCGCUAAGAAUGGUGUGACCAUUGUUUCAGUGGGGCCACUGCCCUGGGGCAGGAUCUGUUUCUGCUCUCACCGCCUACACCCUCCUCUAGCAAGCAAGGAGGGGAAUAGGCUCUGCGGUGUCCUGCUUUUGCUAGCAACACAGGAGGAGCUACGGGACUGGCAGCUGCACUAUUUGGACUCAGGACCACAGAGGAUACUUGCAUUCGUUUCCUGGGACGAAGAAAACUUGAUUGCAAACAAGACCGUAGUUUGAGCCAUCAUGGAACAAGCAGCCAGUGAACCCGUGAGAGACCAGGUCCCACGGACGCGUGUGACAGGGACCAUUGGCAAAGCUCCGAAGUGCACGGUGAUCGGAGGCUCCGGGUUCCUGGGCCAGCACAUGGUGGAGCAGCUUCUGGCCAGAGGUUACAGCGUCAACGUGUUCGACAUCCGCCAAGGCUUUGAUAAUCCCCGCGUACGCUUCUUCCUCGGUGACCUCUGCAGCCAAAAGGACCUGUACCCGGCUCUGGUAGGCGUAAGCACUGUUUUCCACUGUGCAUCACCCUCGCCAGCCAGUAACAACAAGGAGCUCUUUUACCGAGUGAACUUAUCUGGCACCAAGAACGUCAUUGAAACUUGCAAAAAGGCCGGGGUUCAGAAACUCAUUUUAACCAGCAGUGCUAGUGUCGUCUUUGAGGGCAUCGACAUCAAAAAUGGAACCGAGGACCUCCCUUACGCCGUGAAGCCCAUUGACUACUACACGGAGACUAAGAUCUUACAGGAAAAAACCGUGCUGGGCGCCAACGAUCCUGAGAGGAAUUUUUUCACCACAGCCAUCCGGCCCCAUACCAUCUUUGGCCCCAGGGACCCUCAGUUGGUCCCCAUCCUCAUCGAUGCAGCAAGAAAGGGCAAGAUGAAGUUCAUAAUUGGAAAUGGGGAGAACCUGGUGGACUUCACCUUUGUGGAGAAUGUGGUCCACGGACACAUCCUGGCCGCCGAGCACCUCUCCCAAGAUGCAAGCCUGGGCGGGAAGGCAUUUCACAUCACCAAUGACGAGCCCAUGCCUUUCUGGACCUUCCUGUCCCGCAUCCUGAAAGGCCUCAAUUAUGAGCCCCCCAAGUACCACAUCCCCUACUGGGUGGCCUACUACCUGGCCCUCCUGCUGUCCCUGCUGGUGAUGCUGGUCAGUCCCAUCAUCCAAAUCCAGCCCACUUUCACGCCCAUGCGGGUCGCGCUGGCGGGCACAUUCCACUACUACAGCUGCGAGAAAGCAAAGAAGCUGAUGGGCUACCGGCCUCUGGUCAGCAUGGAUGAGGCUGUGGAGAAGACCUUGCGUAGCUUCCACCACCUGCGGAAAGUCGAGUGAGGUCCCGAGGCCGGGCCAGCCGCAAGUGCGCCUUGCCCGGGAACUCUCCCCAUGCACUGACCCAGUAAUAGCCUUCAGAUGAGUUGCUUCUGAGCCUGGGUUCCUCUUGUGAGUUCAGUGACAGUGUGCCCUGCCCCCUCUGUCACCACGAGGGUGACAAGAACAAUAGGCAUUUCUUCCCCGCGUGAGGUCUGGAUUUCUUAAAGGGGGGAGGAGAGCUUCGCGUUCUAUUAUUUUGUUUGCUCUUUCUCUCUUCACCUUUCUUCUACUACCUCUUUCUCUUUCUCUUUCUCUCUCUUUCUCUUCCCUCUUCUCCCCUCUCCUCUCCUCUCCUGUCCUCUCUUUUGUUCCUUAUCGCAGCAGCCACCUCUUGAAGUCCCCCGUAUCAUUCCCAUGGCCUUGUACGUAAUCGAAGCUAUAGGAAAGAAGCAACCCAUUUGCAGAUGGAGGAUGAGGAAGCAGAUUAUUUCAUGCAAACCAAUAGUAGAGUGGAAGCCACUAGCCUACUCAAGGACUGCAUCUUAACAGUAUCCUAGAAGAAAAAGUUGUAAACACGUGUGUGACUUCAAAUGUACAUUUCGUAUGGACGUAGUCUAGAGCAAAAAAAAAUACAGACCAAAAGUAUAAACUGUAAUUUCCCAAUCCGUGGGGGAAGAAAAGACCACUGGUUGUUGACAUUCCAGGCUUCCUCAUCUUUCAAGGACUGCCACGGUGCCUGCCUGUGUUGCUUUUUCAUAAGACAUUCCUCUUGAUCGUCAGAGUCCUGUUGCUUUUAGUGCAAGCGGUGAUCUGGUGGGGGGUUCAGCUGUGUGACUCUUCCUGACACAAGGCGCUGAGGAGGAGAGCCCCUGAGAUGAUGGUGCAGCGACGACUGUCACUGCCACUCGCGCUCGUAGACGCCGCAAGGCACAGCACAAAUAACCCUUCAGCCUUUUCUAUUUCCUGGUGAUGAUUUGUUCCCACAACUGGCUUCUUCUCAGACUAAUUGAAAUGAGAUCUUAAAGAUUCCCUUUGUCAUCCUCACCUGCAUCCAAGGGGAGACUGGAAUAAAUGCAGUCUACAAGCCUU